AUGCCACGACGCCGGCGGGAGAGUUCUAAAACGUGGAGAUGCAUCAAACUAUCGAGUUUGGAUUUUUUUGCUGAAUACAACACUAUUAAUGAUGAAUACAACACUAUUAAUGAUGAAUACAACACUAUUAAUGAUGAAUACAACACUAUUAAUGAUGAAUACAACACUAUUAAUGAUGAAUACAACACUAUUAAUGAUGAAUACAACACUAUUAAUGAUGAAUACAACACUAUUAAUGAUGAAUACAACACUAUUAAUGAUGAAUACAACACUAUUAAUGAUGAAUACAACAAUAUUAAAUUAAUAAUGGUUAGGAAUACUGUGGGAUGA